GGUGAGAGCCUCCGUGUGCGUGGACCUCCUCCGCGACAGACCCUUCCGCGCAAUCCACACCGCCAGUGGACUUUCAACUCGCCCACUUUUGGCAAUUCUUUUCUUUGUACUGUUUGGAUUUUUAUUUUUUUUUUAUUCUAAUAACUUUUUGACUUUUUUUCCCGUCUGUUUUUGAGGAGUUCCAGACAUGUUUCGGUGUACAGCAGCGCUACUUUUGCUGGUGGCGGCUUUGUACGUCCUUCAUGCGGAAGCCUACAAGUGCCGGUGCACCAGGAAAGGACCGAAGAUCCGCUACAAGGACGUACAGAAGCUGGAGCUCAAACCCAAACACCCUUUUUGCCAAGAAAAGAUGAUAUUUGUAACAAUGGAGAACGUGGCUCGGUUCAAGGGUCAGGAGUACUGUCUGCACCCCAAACUCCAGAGCACCAAGAACCUGGUCAAGUGGUUCCACAUCUGGAAGGACAAGCACAGGGUUUAUGAAUCUUAAACAGAAGAAGAAAAAUUAAAACAUCAAAAUAAAAGACGACGACUCCAACCACAUGGACUGUUUAUGAUGUUGCAGACAUCUGCAGUGUGUCCUUCUCCUCUUCCGUGGAAGCCAUCAAGAGAUAAACCUAAUAAUUACCUUACUUUUUAAUGUUUAUAUGUUGUUGUUGAUGAUGAUGAUGCCACACAAAUAUACCUGCAAAUAUGUACAACAUGCAUAGCUCUUGUUUUGUAUGCAUUCCAAUGUAAAAGUGCAUUUUGUAAACAUUGUAGCCUAUUAGCAUCUUUAAAGUGUGUAGAAAAAAAAAGCAUUGUAGUUUUAUGUUUUUUUUUUUUUUUUACCAACACACCGUUCAACAUUCCAUCGUGUAUAUAUAAAAAAAUAAUAAUAAACAGAGCAAUAAAGUGUCCA